UCCGGGGAGACCAGAUAUAGUGAAUGCAGGGUCCGGGGAGAGCGGAUAUAGUGAAUGCAGGGUCCGGGGGGAGAGCGGAUAUAGUGAAUGCAGGGUCCGGGGAGACCGGAUAUAGUGAAUACAGGGUCUGGGGAGACCAGAUAUAGUGAAUGCGGGGUCCGGGGAGACCAGAUAUAGUGAAUGCAGGGUCCGGGGAGAGCGGAUAUAGUGAAUGCAGGGUUAGGGGAGAGCGGAUAUAGUGAAUGCAGGAUAUAGUGAAUGCAGGGUCCGGGGAGACCAGAUAUAGUGA